AUGGUGUUCAGGAGCAAGCGCUCGCUUCUUGUAUCUGCCUUCUUCCUGGCCGGGCUUUUCUAUCUCUGGAGUUCUGGCGCCCGCGACGCCAUCAUCCCUUCUUUUGCUACCCAACAUGGCACGCAGCAGCCCCAACAAACAAAGUGGCCGGUCGAUGAGGCCGUCUGGCGAGACGAAUAUGACUUUUGGAGGAAACUGAAUGUCAAUUAUCCCGUGGGCGAAUUACAAAAGUUCCCUACCUGGACGCCUCCCAAAACCUUCCCCAAGAUCCAAGCCAACUUUCCUGCCGAGUCGCAGGCCCAGCGACAGAAGCGCGUCGAGCGUCAGCGGGCCGUCAAGGCGACCUUCCUACGAUGCUGGGCCUCGUACAAGAAGCAUGCCUGGAUGGCCGAUGAGCUCGAGCCCGUGUCGGGCGGCCGCAAGAACCCCUUUGGCGGCUGGGCUGCCACCCUCGUUGAUUCGCUUGACACCCUUUGGAUUAUGGACUUACGCGACGAGUUUGCCGAGGCUGUCGUUGCUGUCGACAAUAUUGACUUCACGUACACGAACCUCCGCGAGAUCAACGUCUUUGAGACCACGAUCCGCUACUUGGGCGGCUUCCUGUCCGCCUACGACCUGAGCGAGGACGCCCGGCUGCUCCGCAAGGCGGCCCAGGUGGGUGAGAUGAUCUACAAGGCCUUCGACACGCCCAACCACAUGCCCAUCACCCGCUGGGACGUGCACGCAGCCAUCAAGGGCCAGAAGCAAGACUCCAGCUCUGGCACCCUCGUUGCUGAGGUGGGCAGUCUGUGCAUGGAGCUCACACGACUGUCGCAAAUCACUGGCGACGACAAGUGGUUUGAUGCGGCCCAACGCAUCACUGACACGUUCGCGGCACAGCAGGAUUCAACUGAGUUGCCUGGCAUGUGGCCGUUGGUCGUGAACACCAAGGACGGAGUGUUCAACAUUGGCAGCUCCUUCACUCUGGGCGCCAUGGCCGAUUCGGUCUACGAAUAUCUGCCAAAGAUGGCUGCCAUGACGGCUGGCCGGCUUCCCGUCUACCAGGCCAUGUAUGAGAAGGCGAUUGACACCGCAUCCAAGUACAAUUUCUUCCGACCAAUGACGCCCACAAACGAAGACAUUCUCAUCUCUGGUCCUGCGAAAACGAUUCAGGGCGAGAACGGAAAGAAAUCGGUCAUAAAUGACCAUGAGGGCCAGCAUCUCGUGUGCUUUGUGGGUGGAAUGCUUGCCAUCGGAGGCAGACUCUUCAAUAGGCCAAAAGAUGUUGAACUUGCAGGGAAGCUGACGGACGGCUGUGUGUAUACCUACAAAGCCUUCCCCCACGGCGUCAUGCCCGAGCUCUUCUUUAUGGCUGCCUGCGACUCGGAUACCAGCUGCCAGUGGGACGAGAGGCGCUGGAAGAAGGAAGUGGUCAAGGCCAAUAACAAGGGCGUCGACUCCCCCGACGCUGAUGCCGACGCCAUCAUCUCAGACGGGCACAUACCCAAGGGAUUCACCCGGAUCCCCGACACGCGAUACAUCCUCCGACCUGAGGCCAUCGAGAGCGUCAUGGUGCUGUACCGGGUGACGGGCCGCCAGGACCUCGUCGAGUCCGCCUGGGACAUGUUCAACGCCAUCGAGAAGGCGACGGCGACCAAGCUUGCCAACACGGCCGUCUGGGAGAUCAACGACCCCAGCAAGAUGCCGAGCCAGUCCAACUCGAUGGAAUCGUUUUGGAUGGGCGAAACACUCAAGUACUUUUACCUGACGUUUUCUGAGCCAAGCCUGAUCAGCCUGGACGAAUAUGUGUUUAACACGGAAGCACACCCUUUCAGAGUAACACGGUAA